CAAAUAGUAGACAUGGUGGAAGCACCGUAGCCUAUUGGUUAAGGUUUAAAGGCUUCUACACCCAGGUCUGGGGUUCGAAUCCCAGACUCUGCAAUUUAUUGCAGAUUACAUGAAAUCCAGGUUUCAAGUCCCGGAGAGAGCAGUUUAUUAAACGAUUAUGCAGAUUACAGAGGAAAGGCUUGCAAGGGAUCUUCAACAUGGUGCAAGUAAAUCUGGUCAGGCGUGGAUCUUCAUAGGACGGCUCAGAUGAUGCAGUUAGACGUAGGUCUUCAUAAGGCAGGUAGUAUUGUCGGUUGUCGAAUCGUCUAUGUAAUCUUUCCUAUAUCAUAAUUGUAAGAUCAUAAUAAAUCAGCGUUAAAAAAAAAACAAAUAGUAAACAUGAGAUUCUUCGGCAUAAACGUUAGGUUUUUAUGCAAUAAUUGAUUUUUUGACUUAAAAUAUUUCUAAAAAUGAGAUCAACUCAUUAGUAAACAAAUUAUCUAAUUAAUAAAAAAAAAUUUAAACAACUGUUGAAGGGGCCAAAAAUAUUAAUUCGGUCAAUAAUAUAAAUUUUAUUUUUCUAUACAAUAUCUUUUAAAUAAUUUUUAUAUAAAUUCACCAUGAACAAAACGCAAGUCUUAUCCUAGUAAAAACAUUAAAAGCCAAUAUAUUUUCAUAGAACUAAUAGUGCAAAAUGAUUUUACUUGUUUCUAGCAUUUAACACUUUAUACUCAAAUCAAAUUACAUGAUAUUUUACUAGUAAGAUCUAUAUUGAAAAAGGUAUAUAUAUUAUAAAUAUUUUAUACUAAAAAAUCCUAAGAUUUGUUUCUCACUUUUCCUUACAAAGCUGUGCAUAUCAAUCCCAUUAGUUAAGAUUAUAUCUCAUUUUUAUUUUCCAUUUAUCAUUUUCUAUUUCAUCCCUCAAACUUUGAAUAAAAAUAUAUUUAAAAUGCAUCUGAGUAGACUUUCUUGUUAUUAUCUCCUUUUUGAAUUAUUAAGUUCCUAUUUUAAUUUGAUUUGAUUAGAUAUGCACAAGUAGUUUUUAUCCACAUUCAUAGCAUAAACUAAGAAAACACAAAAUUUUAAAUUCUUAUUAGUCAAAAACUUUUAAUACAAAAUAAUUGACUGUGUUACCAUUCUUAGCUAUAUAUGGUUGGAUUUGAUCAAAUAGUACACAAAAUAACGAAAUGUGCCAAGUCAAAUUUUUAAUAUCUAAAAUAAGUAGUUGUGGAAUCAUAUAUAUUUUAUUGAACCUUUUACAGAAAAUAAUACAAACUACGAUAAGAAACAUGAACAAAAUACAAUAUCAACUUUUUAAUCACUGAACUAAAAACACUUAACUAAUUCAUAUAAUUACUAAAUAUUAUUUAUGAUUGGAAAACACAUAUAUACUGUAUUUUAUUGUCUUCUAAUGUUGAUUAUACUAUAAACAUUUUUAUGAAUGCAUGCUUAGCAAUUGAAUAUUUUUUAAAAUUUCAAGUCUAAUGAUGUAGUGGAGAAAAGAAAUUCAUCAUUAUUUUGUCACUAUUAAUUUAGAAAGAAUUAAUAAUUUUGUAAUUUUGUGUACAUUUUCUUAUUUUAUUUUUAACUUUGAAAUCAGUUAAUAAAUUUAUAGUUUAAUGAUUUCACACCACUCAAAAAUAACCGUUCAGAACAAAAUUUAACAAAUAAUACAAAUUAUUAUCUAUUUUUAUAAAAAUAGAUUACUUUUAGUUUGAAUAAAAUUCAAUCAUACUAUAUUUACCACAAAUACCAAAUUUAAUAUUGAAAUCUGUUUUUGUGGUCUAUCUUCAAGAUCUAAAAUUUAAAUAAAAAUAGAAAAGUAUUUUCCUUUCUGUAAAAUUUAUAUAAUUCUUCUCAAUCUUUUAUUCCCAUAUAUAGUGCAUUAAUCAUUUCACAUUGCUCAAUUCUCUCUCACCAUAUGGUAAAUAUAUAAAAUUUGACCUAUUAUAUAGCCUCCCCAUCAGUUAUUAUCAUUUCUUCAUCUCUGGGUUCCUCAUUUACACAAUCAUACAUACACACCAACGUACGCGUCCCUUCAUUAUAUUCUCUAUUAUUUUCUUUCACCAUUAUAAAGCUUUGAUUUUUUUUUUAUGAAUAUUCAAGGUUAACUGGUCAGAAGGUGAGAUCUUUAAAAAAAAAUCAUUUCAAGUCUUUUCUAUACUAUUAUUUAAUCUUUUAUUUAAGUCUUCUCUAUAACAACAUCUAAGGAAGAUUCAUUCGUUGUUUGGUCAUAUAAUAGCAGAGAAGGAAUGGCUCCUUUCGAGAAAGUUGUUAGUUUUUUUUAUAGAUGCAUGUUAAGUAUUUGUUGAUAUGCUUGUUCAGGGAUUUCUUGGUUUGUGUUCUUUGAAAAUCUCAGGCAAAAAAAAAAAAACAAGAAAAGAAAAGAAUCUUCUUUUUCACUUUUUGACAGACAAAAAAAGAGAUUGGGUGGCUAGGCUAGAUGUGUCGUUGUUAUUGAAUCCUUAACUGUAGUCGCUUUUUUCUAGCACAAGUCGCUUUAUAUUUAAUGUCAACCUGUCUAUUCAGUUUUUGUUUUGCAUAUAGGAAACAUAGAGAGGAUGAGAAUUCAUGGAGGGGGGCUUUGCUGCUUUUCCUUUAAAGCCUUUUUUUUCUUGGACUUUGCAUCUGCUUCUUUACUUGUUGUUCCCUCAUUUGCAUCUGUGUGGAUAAUAUCUUCAAAUUGAACUGAUGUGUAUCUUUGAGUUUCUGUCUUAUGGAUGACGGUUAAAUACACUUUGCUGUGCAGAGCCUUAAAGUAUCUGACAUUUGUUUCAUUAAGUAAAUGCUGUAAGAGGGUUUAGUGGUUGGUAGGGAGGGUUAAUGAUUUUAAAAGUGGCUUACCUUUUCUUUUCGAUUUUUUUGGUGUGUAAGGAAUGGCAUCAAGCUCUUGUCUUAAGCAAGGAUCAGUUCCAAUGAACAAUAUUCACAUUACCCCUGAAGCAACGUAUGAAGCUGUGGUCGCAGACUCCAAGCUCUUCAUGGCUACGUUGGAAAGGCUUCAUUCUCGCUUGGGAACUAAAUUCAUGGUUCCGAUCAUAGGAGGGAAAGAUUUGGACUUGCACAAGCUUUUCAUUGAGGUAACAUCUCGUGGUGGAAUCAGUAAGAUAGUUAAUGAAAGGAGAUGGAAAGAAGUAACUGCCACAUUUGUCUUUCCUCCAACAGCAACCAACGCAUCUUUUGUCCUGCGCAAAUACUACUUCUCACUGCUUAAAAACUAUGAGCAACUGUACUUCUUUAGAUCUAAUGCCCAGACUCCUCCUCCAGACUCUCUUCAGAACCCUUCUGCUGGACCAGGACUUGUGAUAAGACCUCCACAAGAGCUUCUAGCUUUAACCUAUACGCCACAACCAAGGAUUGACUCUAGUGAUCUCCCUGGAGGUUCUUCAAAUGGUCCAAUUGUGAGUGGACAGAUCGAUGGGAAAUUCGAAGACGGUUAUCUUGUAACUGUAAAGAUGGGAUCAGAAAUGCUUAAAGGAGUUAUCUAUGAGCUGGCUCCACAACAGAGUCAUGGUGUUUCCCUCAACACUGCCAACCCUCAGGGGAUUACUGGAGGAGUGACGAAACGCCGCAGGAGAAGAAAGAAGUCAGAAAUCAAAAGGCGUGACCCUGCUCAUCCUAAACCCAACAGGAGCGGUUACAACUUCUUUUUCGCGGAGCAGCACGCUAGGCUGAAGCCGCUUAACCCUGGUAAGGAUAGGGAGAUCAGCAGGAUGAUCGGUGAGCUCUGGAACAAGCUCAAUGAGCAAGAGAAGUCUGUUUACCAAGGGAAGGCGAUGGAGGACAAAGAGAGGUAUCGAACUGAAAUGGAGGAGUACAGAGAGAAGCUUAGGACGGGACAGAUGAUAAGUAACGCUGUUCCGUUGCAGGAGAGGGUUCCGGAGCAGAACGUAGAGAUGGCUGAAGCUGAAGGUGAUCUUCCAAUGGAAGAAGUGGAAGAAGAGGAGGAUGAAGAUGGUGAUUCAAGUGGUUCAGGGGAAAGCCUUAGCCACCCUUCUGAUCAUGAACUGGAGGAGCCAUCUGAGAAUCCUUUAGGUCUUAACCUAAACCCUAAUUCAACUGAGAUGGUGGUGGUGGCUCCUAAGGAGAAAGCCGGCGAUGCUGUGAUGGUGGCUGCUGAGCAGAACUGAAGAUUUUCUUCUCUUUGUUUUUAUUUUUCAGUUGCAAUUUUUUCGUUUUAUACAAGCCACAGGUAAGGAGAGGAUAGGGUUUCAGAUAGGUUACCUGUGGCAUUAGACAAUCUCUUUUGGUCUUUGGUACUUUGGUUUUGGUUUUGGUUUUUGUUUUUGUUUCACUUAGAUUUCUUCAGCAGCAAGUCAUGUGUCGGAGUGAACCAUUUAAACAUUUUGUUGGUUUUCUGGAAUGCCAAGUCUUGUUUUGUUG